AUGGCAGUGGCUGUGGUUGUGGAGGUGGUGGAGGUGGAGGUGGAGGAGGUGGUGGUGGUGGUAGUGAUGGCAAUGAUGGUGGUGGUAGUGGUGGCAAUGACGGUGGCUGUGGAGGUAGUGAAUGUGGUGGUGCAAAUGGUGGGGUUGGAUGUGGAAGUGGAGAGUAAUGAGAGGCGAUUGGUUGUAUCAGAGAAGGCGAAGAAGGACGAGAUUAAGAAGGCGGCGCGCGCGGCGGAGCUGAUGGUGGACGCAAUGAACGGCAGCAUUCAAGAGUCGUUUGUGAACGAGAAGCUAAUUGAGUAUGAAAUUAGGGCCUUGACCGCCACCAUCACACCCUUCACCAAACAGACCGAUCAAUGGCUCUCUGUCACUCAUUCAAUGAACUCCGCCAUUAAGGAAAUUAGAGAUUUUGAGAACUGGAUGAAGAUCAUGGAGUUUGAUUGUAAGAGUAUCACUGCAGCUAUUCACAACAUUCACCAAGCAUGA